ACAGAUUUAAGCGAUCAUGUACGAUGCAACGAGGGUGCCGUCUCCCAAAGAUGGCGCGAACGGUGUGGCGCAGCCCGUGGUGUCCGGAGCAGAGCCGGGAGCGGCCGCGGCGUCGGGCGGGCCCACGCUGACCGCGGCGAUUCAGGCUAAAAGCGAGGAGGGCCAGCCGGGCACGGAGGAGGAGGAGGAGGAGGACGCCGAAGCAGAGCCUGUCCUGGUGAAGAAGCCACACAGAGAGAUUCUGGACCAUGAGAGGAAGAGGAGGGUGGAGCUCAAAUGCAUGGAGCUCCAGGAGAUGAUGGAAGAACAGGGGUACACAGAGGAGGAGAUCCGGCAGAAAGUGAGCACUUUCAGGCAAAUGCUGAUGGACAAAGAGGGCGUUAUCACCAGAGACGGCCCUCACACACAACCAGUGGUGAACCACCUGCACUAUCCGCCUGACGACUAUGAAGAGGACCCCGACCUGGAUGGCUAUGAAGACGGAGACCCUGACCACGACAGACUGAAGAGGAAAUCCAGCAGCUCUCCGUCACCUCGUCCAAAGAAAAGAAAGAAGAAGAAAUCAGGCCGUCGAAGGAGUCGAUUUGGCAGCUCCUCACCCACUCGCAGAGAGAAGAAGAAGAAGAGUGGGAAGAAACACAAACGAGACAGAUCUGCGUCUGGUUCCAGGAAAAAGAGACGAUACAGGUCGGGCAGCCCGAAAAACAAACACAAAGACAAGAACAAACAAAAAAAGAGGUCCCCCGGCGAGACACCUGGCAGGAGCUCCCAGCGUCAAGGCAGCUGCUGCAGCUCCCGCAGCGCCUCUCUGUCCUCCACCCGCAGCGCCUCCCGAUCCCCCGCCAGACUGAACUCCAAGCACAAGACAGACGGACAGAAGGCGUCCAGCACCUCGCUGUCCCCGGGUCCCAACCACCCCGCCACGUGGCACAACGGGGAGCACACCCCACGGAGCCGCAACGGCAAAGCCGGCCGACUCCACCACGCCGAGGGCGAGAAAGGGAAUGAUAAGCUCCGUCUGCUGACCGCGAGCUCUGCGGGCGUCCAGUCGGCUCUGCUGAGAGAGCACAGGCUCCCGGGGGCCCCCGGCAGGACCCCGGCCGGACACGUCUGCGCGGCGGGGGGGGAGGCCUGCGUGGACGGCAGGAUCCCGGCCCUGGGGGGCUCCCUGACCCCGACGUCGGGGAAGCGGGCGGGCCAGAGGGCCCCGAGGAAGAGCCCCCACUCCCCGGCGCGCAGCAGCGACUCGGCCCGCUCGCCGCACGUCCACGCUCACAGAGGGAGGGGCUCCCGCCGCCACAGAAAGUCAAAAGGAGGCCGCUCCUCCAAGCGCCGGCGGCGCCCCGGCCGGGGUCAGGCGCACCCCCGCAGCCCCUCGCCGUCCCCGGGGCGCCCCGCCCACCCGCCGGCCAGGAAGGGCGAGGAGGGCCGCAGCAAGGCCGACGUCCGGCAGCGCAGCAGCUCCUGGAGCAGCGGCCGCUCCUCCUCGCGCUCCGCCUCCAGAGACCUGGCCCCCAGUAAGGCCAAGUCCCCCCACAGCCGGCAGAACACCUCCAGGGAGAAGGACAGCGCCAACCGCUCGGACACAGACAGCCGCGCCCGCCGCCGCUCCCGCAGCUACUCGCCCAUCCGGAAGAGGAGGAGAGACUCCCCCAGCUUCAUGGAGGCGCGGAGGAUCACCAGGUAA